AUGGAUUUCAAAAACAUAUCAUCAUCUCCUCCUUCUUCUCUAGAAUUCAACAUGAACACUGACCACAACACAAAUACACACUCUCACAAUCUUUCAUUGAAAGAUUCUUCAUCAUCAUUCGCUACCCAUAAUUACGGUAGUCAUGCUCCUGGAAUCCUGAAAGCAAUGAAAAUUCUUAAAGCUCAAUUUUCUAAUUCUAAUGCGUUAACAUCAUCGCCAUCAGCUUAUAAUAAUGAGGAUGUUAUCAACAGUUACAACAACACUAUGCAGAUGAAUGUUUUUUAUGAUGCUUAUCAUCCUAAUCUCCUUGUCACGGGAUCAUCACAGUCACAUGAACUACGUUACGAUCAGACAGCUGUUGUUUCUGUAGAUCGUGUUGCUUCGGCCAGGGUUUAUUUCAAAAAGAAGAAUACUGAUGAUGGUAGAACCCACAGCUUACCACACAAAAAAUACGGACCGUACACAUGUCCAAAAUGCUACCAAGUGUUAGCUACUUCGCAGAAAUUUGCUUCUCAUGUCACAUCAAAUCACUACAAGUUUGAGAGUCCGAAAGAGAGAAAAAAGAGAUGCAUGUCAAGGACAAAUAAGAAAUCAAAUAUCCAAAUACAUAAGCAAACUACUUAUGUUCCAGCUGCUCCAUCUACUUAUCAACCAUAUGUUGCUUCUCUCGUAAAUAAUGAAGAUCAAAUUCAAACUCAGUCUCUUUUGGCGCUUCCUCUCAAUGGAGUUUAA